GAAAAAAGCUUUUUUUUUUUCAUUCUUUCUGCCGUGUGGCUGGUUUCUCCCGCACCCCCUUUUCCUUUUGGCCCGAGCCAGCAUCGCAGGCACAGAAAACCCUAGGCACGAUGAUUCGUCGGGGCUCCCACGGCGAUGUUCCGCUUGGCCCUGGAUGAUUGCGAACGUCUCCUCCGGAGGGGUCUGGAAUGCUGCAAAUUUAAAGGCGAGAGACAGAGAGAGAGAGACACAUGAGGAAUCGCAGCCUCCUGCGCCCCCGAAUCCUUUUGUUAGGUUAGACUUUGCUUGGUAGACAUAUUUGCCCCCUUCUCUUAACCCAACCCCCUCCCAGUGCUGUCAGAGGGGCAGUUCAUGUUAUCGGUUAAUUGCAAGGAGAUGGGGCCUGUGCACCCUGCAAUAUGAAAACCCGACAGAACAAAGACUCGAAGAUGUCGAUGAGGAGUGGAAGGAAAAAGGAGAGUGUGGGUCCAAGGGAGGAGCGCAGAGCGAGAGGGAGAGCAUCUCCUGGUGCAAUCAGCACAUCCAGUAGCGACAGCAAGAGUGAAAAGGGCAGGCCAAGUGCAAAGCUUCCUGUCUCUCUUGCGCAGAAGGGCCGCAUGGAUGACUCUGUCCCUAAGAAUAGUAAACGGGAAAGAGUAAAAGACUCCUCCGAGAGUGAGGGAGAAGCAGGGAAAAGUCAGAAGAAAGCUAAAAUGGAGUCUCCUGAAGUUCCCCGUCCACCUCCUGAUGAAGAAAGCUUAGAUGGGCAGAGCGGUAAUGAAGAUGGCGGGAGCGACCCCCGUGACAUUGACCAGGAUAACCGCAGCACAUCUCCUAGCUUGCACAGUGGAGACAGUGAAAGUGACGCAUCUUCUGUCCCUUCACCAAAAUCAUUUCCUUCUCUGUACAGGGGACCGGGUUCUCCCCCACCUCCUGCUUCACCAGUUGCUGAAAAUCCUGUGUUGCCACCACCACCACCUCAGACUUCUCAGCCACCCGCAACGAGUGAGCCUCAGACUGCUAGACAGUACCCAGCUCCACAUCUUCCACAAUUAUAUCCUAGCAGUGGUGGGAUGGUAAAAACUGGGCCUACACAGACUUCUCAAGCCAAGCCUCCACCCACUACCCCGAUAGCAGGGUUGGGUUCUCCAAGGCCGUUGGCUUCUCCUACAGCUCCUCCUCCUUUACCCACCAGUUCUUCAUCCUCAACAUCAUACCCCCAUGUUUCUCACAACUUGCCACCCCCUCCGGCUUUGCGUCCUCUCAAUGCAUCUCCAGGACUGCCAACCCAGGUGGGAGAAAAAACUGGUCAACCUCUACCUUCUGCUUCUUGUACACUUCGAUAUCCUCCUUACCCAGGACAGUACCCACCCGGUUAUCCUCAUCAGUAUCCUCCACAAGGGAAAUACGGACAGCCUCAGCCAGGACCCCAUCCAUCUUGGGGCCAAGGUGGACUUGGAUUUGGACGGAAUGAAGGAGCCCCUCGGUACCCCCAGCCUCCUCUUCAAAAUGGACAAGUGGGUGGAGGGCAGAACCUUGGAGGUGGAUUUGGUGCACCUCACCACAGUAGUACACGAGCACAGUCCCCUCAUAAUAAUCAUCCCCCUCACCCAAUGCCUACACAAGGAAGCAUUCAACCUCCAGCAUCCCAAAGCAGCGUCCUCCACCCUCAUGGAGGGGCAACAGGUGGUCAGGGUCAAUCUCCAAACCAUAAUACAAAUAAUUCUCACCACCCUCAUAUUCUGCCAAACAGAGGACGUUCUCCUACCCCGCAAAGUAACCAACCACCGGGGGCGGCCCCACAAGCCAACCAUCACCCCCCUCAUGUUUUGCCUGGUGGCAUUAUAUCUCCAAGUUCACACCAUCAGAACAACAAUCCGCUUUCAGCUCCUGGGUCAGCAAAUAGUGGUGGACAAUCGCCUGCACCCCCAAAUACAUCUAAUAUGUCAUCACAGCCUCCAUCUACAGGUGGGAAUUUGGGUUACUCCUCCCAAGUAGAGCCUCAGAAUCCUCAGUCAACAAAUCCUCAGUCAACACAUGCCCUCUAUCAACCCCAUUCAAAUUCAUCUGUCUGCCAUUAUCCUCCUAACAAUCAGGCUUAUGGUAACUACCCAUUCCAAGGCUACAAAGGAGCUCCUCCAGCAGCACCACCAUAUAAAAGUGGGCCCCCACCACCUUAUAAGACAGGGACAUUUCCUGUUUCGACUCCACCACCAGUCCACACCCAGAGUUUCAAAGAUGCUUCACCUACAACUCCUACUACUGCACCCCCACCAGUGCCUCCACCUGCGCCUCCACCACCAGCAUCAGCUCCUGUGCAGAUUAAGCAGGAACCAAUUGAGGAGUGCGAAGCAGAGGGUGAAAGCCCUCUUCCUCCUGCCAACAGCCCCUCGCCUCCACCCAAGCUUGUGGACACGCCAAGUCAUGCCAGUCAAUCUGCAAGGUUCAACAAACACCUGGAUCGAGGCUACAACUCAUGCUGUCGGACUGAUUUGUAUUUUGUGCCCUUGGAAGGGUCAAAGCUUUCAAAGAAAAGAUCGGAGCAGAUUGAGAGAGCGCGACGAGAAAGUGAGCAGAGGGCACGAGAGGAACGUGAACGAGAACGCGAGAGGGAACGGGAACUGGAGAGGAACGUGCAAAAAUUGGAGUCUCGAUCUCACGACUGUCCUCAGCUGUGUCCUCAGCCCCCUCCUCACCAUCCCUCUUUGGCAUUGCCUUCUCCAUCUUCGGCCCCUUCGCGUCCACCUCAUUUUGAACCCCCAGGAGCUGUAGCAGCUGUCCCUCCUUAUUUAGGACCUGAUACACCUGCUCUUCGUACCUUAAGUGAAUACGCCCGUCCUCACGUACUUUCACCAGCUGGGAGAGGACCUCAACCAGGUCACCCACAGCACCACCCAUUUUAUUUACCUCUCGGAGAUCCACUUCUUGCCUAUAAUUUGCCUGCUGUGUUUGCCAGUGACCCAUCUCGGGCAGAAAGGGAGCUGCGAGAAAGGCUGAAACCUGGUUAUGAAGUAAAACCAGGAGAGCUAGACCCUCUUCACCCAAAUAAUCUCCCUCUGCCACCUCCACACCCACCACAUCACCCACACCCUCCACAACCACCGCCCUCUACAGCUGGUGUCCCUCCACAAAUGGCAUUGCACCCUGCCUUCCAGUACCACCACGGGCAGCACUCUCACGCACAUGCUUUGGAGAGGGAAAGAAUGGCACUGGGGGCCGCAGGAGGGCCUGGAGCUGGACCAGGAGCGGCUGGAGCGGCCCGAGGGGAGGUAUCGUAUGCGGAGCGACUGGCUGCAGAACGACAACAUGCUGAAAGAGUGGCGGCUCUUAGUGGUGACCCCUUGACUAGACUCCAAAUGCUGAACGUUACCCCACAUCAUCACCAGCAUUCCCACAUCCAUUCACACCUACACCUACACCAGCAGGACGCCAUACAUGCAGCUUCUGCUGGGGUGCAUCCACUAAUGGAUCCGCUUACGUCAGGAUCCCAUCUCACUCGCAUCCCGUAUCCUGCAGCUGCCCUCCAAAAUCCUUUGAUUCCUCACCCUUUGCAUGAUAGCGACGUCCUCCGACAGCAGAUAUUUGCCUCUCCUUACAGAGACCUCCCUUCCUCUCUUUCUGCUCCCCUCUCGGCCGCUCACCAGUUACAGGCCAUGCACGCCCAGUCUGCAGAAUUGCAACGCCUGGCCCUGGAGCAGCAGCACUGGCUGCAGACCCAUCAUUCUCUGCAGGGAGUUCCCCUUCCCGGUCAAGAAGACUAUUACAGUCACUUGAAGAAAGAAACCGAUAAAACCUUGUAAUGAAGUCAUGAAGUUGAAGGUCAUCUCACUUGUUGCAAGCAUUUUAUUGGAAAAGACAGGAUGACAUCACAGCUCCAGACAUGAGACUCUGCUGCCCAAGGAGGGAGGAAUAUAUAUCGUGACCAAAAAAGAAAAAUACAAAGAAUACUCCCAAACUAUGGACAUUGGUAGCAAGAGAGACAUGCCACGCAUUGGAGACUGGAUGCAGAAUCAUAGAGAGACCUGUACAGAUACGUCUUGUGAGAGUGAGACACAAUAUGGAAAAUGGCACCCAAAUUUACCUAAGAGAGUGUUCCUCCGGGGUAUAUAGACCCCCUACUACAGUGAGACACCCCUUUGCUGACACAUUGCACCUUGAAACCAAGAACGUAACAAGAUCCUUAUGUAGAAAGAGAUGGCGUGUAACACCCGAGACGUCUUGUGACAGUCUGUGACCCUCGCACAGUACACUGUGAGAACUUGUAUAGGCUAAGAGAGUGUGACAGCCCCACGACUGACAGAAGCACUUGUGACAGAGGCAAACGCCUUCUGCAAAAGAGACACUUCCUAUGGGAAAGAGACAUCAGAGGAUAGUAUCAGUGAGACUCCUUAUGUGACACGCAGAGAGACAGCCUGCAGUAGAGAGGCCACGCAGUUAUAGACAGAGACCGCCUGCUCCAUUAACCUGACAUCUAAUGGACAUGAUUUUCUUUUUGUAUGUAACGUGUCACUAAUCGUCUGUCCCAGGUGUGACUGCGCUCGGCUCUCUCCCCCGUAUGUGUCUGUCUGUACGUACGUAUGUUCUCAUCAUGGGACGUCCGCACCGAGGCAGGUGAACAUGGAUGGCGGUGAAGUCACCUGACAAUUCAAGGGGGGAGAAAGCCAGUUAUGACGCAAUAUGAGCAAAUCGGGUAAACCCAGGUCUCCAAAAUUUCCACAAGGGCAAAUUUAUCAAAA